CUGUAUGUAUGUGUUUCUCGACUCCUUCGCGUGUUGUUGGAUCUAGUUUUUGCGGUAUUUCCGCGAAAGAAUAAAAAAAAUAUAUUGCGCACGUGUUGCGAAUGCUUAACAAUAAGUGAAGAAAAAUAUAUAUUUGAUGGAAUUUGGUCAUCGAAUUAAGCGACACCUCUGCAUGCAUGAAUAUAUGAAUGAAUGGUAUGGCGAGAAAAAAAUUGCUAAAAAUGUGCCCGCUUGAAGCAAUAAGUUUGUUGACCAAGCAAAUUUGAUUUAAAACGGUGUGACUAGAAAUUCCGUCUUAAAUAACAUAAUGAAAUAACACAUUCGUCAGCGAAUUCCGUACGUUAAGUUCUAAUUCGCUUUCUGUCGAACUUGGGUGCGAGAAUGAAUGAAAUCAGUAGUUCAUUUAACAAUAAGUUCGCAUCCAAUUAGCAAACAAAACGCAAGUGAUAGCGACUGCAAAAGUAUAUACUUCAAAAAUGAUUUGCGCAAUAGUCUUUUCAACGUUUCCCCCCAAAAUAUAAAACAAAGAACAAUUCGAUGCAAGUCAUCGUUCCUCUUUUCGGAAAAAAUAAUCAUUCAGUAUAAAUGUUGGAUUAAACAAAUGUCAAAUAUAAACAAUUGUCGAAGGAAAAAUGCGAUUAUUCAACAAGAUUUACAAACAAAAAUAACAACAGUCAUUCUCAUCGAUUUAUAUGAGAGUUCUGGCAAAACAGAUUGUUUCGAAUCGAAUCAACGAAAUUAUAUUGUUGAUAUUUUUGCUCAGUCUUCUUUUCGCAACCUUUUCGCCAAUACACCGGAAUUUCUCUUAUGUUUAUCCAAUGGCAUUUGUUUAUUUACUCGAAGACAGAGAGAAAGUACAGUUUGUCCAACGUGGUUUAUUUUAACCAUAAUAAAUAAAGCUUGAGUUUGCGUUAUGAUCAAUGAAACAUAAAUUCACCAUAUAUUUUGUUGAAAUCACUUCGUUCUGAAUACUUCUUAUCAGCGGAUUUCAAUGCGUGCUAAUUGGUUGUAACCGCUUAUUUCAGUUUUUUUUUGACGAAUGUGUUAUUGAUUCGUAUGCCAAUCAAUGUUGAUCGAAUUAAAUCGAAAUCAACUUUUUUGGUUACUGUAAUAGCCAAAUCCCGGCAUUCUGAAGCAACAUGGUUUUGAAAAAUCCACUCUUACUUGUUACAAUACCAUUAGCAUUGGCAUUGAGCUUGAUUUGGUUUCGCAGAAAAAAAAUUCAUUGUGAUUCAGGUGGUGACAAAGGGUCGACAAGUGACAAGACAAUAAAUCCAAAUUUCGAAUCGAAUAGUGAAAAAAUUGAACCGCGUAUCGAUUUAAAGCAUAGCAUAUCCAUGCCAAUCGAAAGUACGCCGAUGAAACGAUCUUCAUUAGCUCUCAAUAAUAACGAUUCAUUUGAUUUUAAAUUUGGUAAAUCGGCACCCAUUGAUAUAACGCCACAUAAAACAUCACCAACACGCUCGAAAAACGGUUCAAACGAAAGCGAUAAAAAUAAAGACGACGGUUCAGAAUACAAAGCAUUGAACUCGAUUGAAGAGAAUUCGGUGGAAUCGGUUGAUUUGCCCGGAUCCAUUGAUUGUCGCCGUCGUUUUUCAUUUACUAUUAAAACAAACGAGCCGGCUGUUGUUGUUAAAGCAUCCACAAUGGAUGUCAAUAAAUCGCCACAAAGUUCCUUUGAAACGUUGAAUACGUCACCACCAUCAAAUGCACCAGCUCCAGUUAGCAUCAAAACCACACCGUCUGCCAACAAAUCAGCAAAAAAUAGUGAAAAGAAAUCGAAAGCUGGAAAGCAAUCGAACGCCAAUGACGUUGCCAGUGACAAAGGUGUGAAGAAACAAGAACGUGUUUUGCCAGUUGCAAGCCCACCGCUUAGCUUGUGCAGCAAUAAAUCGAAUCAAUCUCACGAUUCCGGUGACUCAGGCAAAGGUUCAAGUCCAGCCAAUUCAGAGGGUGGCCAAACAUUGUCGUCAAUUCAAUCGUACGACUUUGAAUUACCUCAGACAAUAGUCGGAUGUCUCGUUGGCAAGAAUGGCGUAACGGUGAAAAAGAUUCGCGAUGAAUGCAAUGUUAAUAUUAUGAUCAAACGGCAUCCAAUUAAACAUCGAAAAUACAAGCUGUGUACAGUGCAAGGCACACAACAACAAAUUGACACCGCACUCGCCAUGAUCAAGUCUAAAAUGCCACAUAAAAUGAAUUUAGAACGGGUUGAUAUCGAGAAUGAAACAGCUGAAAUGUUGGCAGCCAUAUCACAAAUUGAUUCUAACCGAUUGCAGCUCAACUUGAUCGACGGCAUAAAUAACGACGUGGCCGUGUGUGCUGUUAUCAAUGGCGGUCAUUUGUUCUUGCAACAACCGUUGCAUCCUAGCUAUAUGUCAUUGAAUGUAUUGCAAAAUUGUAUGAACCAAAGUUACUCAUCAUUCGAGUCACCCGUACUUCCAAACUUUAGCAUCGGCACAGUGUGCGUUGGUCAAAUUGACGGUCAUUGGUAUCGUUAUCAAAUUAUUGACUAUACACCAGGAGCCACAACCUGUGUUGCUAAGUAUUUAGAUUUUGGUGGAUACUGUGAAAUUCAAACGACUGAGCUUAGGCAAAUUAGAACCGAUUUUAUGACAGUUCCAUUCCAAGCUAUCGAAUGUCUUUUAGGUGACAUCAAACCAAAAGGUGGAGAAUGGUGUAUAGAAGCUUCUCAGGCUAUAGUGGAAUUAACCCAAUAUAGAACAAUACAAGCGCAAAUAACUAAUUACACGGAAACUGGAGUGCCAGAAGUCCACCUAUAUUCAUUUCUAAGUCCAAAUAACGUUGUAUUCAUCAAUCAAGAGCUAGUGGCUAGAAAUUAUGCUGAAUGGUGUGAGCCAACGGUUUCUGCGUAAACAAACGCGUAAGAUAUAUUUUAUAAUAAGGCGUAUAAAAAUCCAUCAUUUCACAUAUUUUCAAAACGAAAAUCAUACCCCACAAGCAUUACGCGUACGAGAAAUGAAAGCAAGAAAAAGAAAAAAGAAAAACUGAUAAUUAUUAUUGAUUAAUAACCAAUUCAAACAAAAUGAUAUAUACAAAUUGUUAUAUGCUCCGUUAAUGAAUGGUUAAUCUCUGUUAUUCGUGAACGUGACUCAAAUUAAGUUUUAAACAGAAGAAAUCCAAGAAAAAUUUACUAAAAAAACAAUCAAUGAUGAUACAUUUUUUAGAAUAAAAAACUAUAAAAUUGGAGGUAAACAAAACAACUCUAUCUCACUAGAAAAAUGGCAAAAUUUAAAAAUGCACUUCAAAUGCAGCAAAAAAAAAACAAACAAACAAGAAUCAAUACGAAGAACGAUUGAGCUCAACAAGUUUUA